AGGACAGGCAAAAGGAGUGAAAUAUGAACCAUUAUCUAUAUUAAAAAAAAGAAGCAGAAGAAGAAAAUAUAGAAAAAGAGAGCAAAGAAAUAUUUAUAACAGUGCAUUAAGUAAUCACUCUCCCAAGUAAAUUGUGUAGUGUAAGCAAAACGCGACCAACUGUCAUAUAAAUUCAGCUACUUCUCCUCCACUGUGUUUUAAUCAAUAAAAAUAAAAUACAUCAAACUAAUGGAAUAUUUGCGUUUUUCAUCAGUUGUUACCGUUUCUCACUAUUAAAUAAUAAGAUAUUCUACUUUAGAUUACAUCAGAAGAAGAAAAGUGCGCGCGUGCGGCCCACAUAAAAAAAAACGUGAAAAAGAAAACAAGAAUAAGAAUAUUUUAAUACUCGGUGUGCGGUGUAGUAGUUUGAUAAAUUGCUCGAAACAACACGAAUAAAGUUAAUUAAAUCUUUCAGCGCACAUAGUUAAAACGUACACAAACAAAAGUAGUGAAAAUGGGUUGUGAAUUGAGUAAAUUAGCCAGUAGUGGUCCAAAGGGAUCAGAUAAAAAUCGUAAUUUUGAUUGCGAUAAUCCAAAUACACAAGUAGUGCCAAAAUCUGAUCCCCGAUUGCCACUUAAUCCAAAGCAAAAGUAUUCGAUGAUUGCUUCGUGGAAGGGCAUAAGUCGUGCGAUGGAGCAGACCGGUGUCAACAUGUUCGUCAAACUCUUCGAAGAAAACGCCGAACUCCUAUCCCUCUUCGACAAAUUCCAAGAGCUCAAGACGCGCGAACAACAAGCCACUUCCGAAGAGCUCGCGGAACACGCGACCAAAGUCAUGGAAUCGCUAGACGAGGGUAUCCGUAGUUUAGAUGACGUAGAUGCGUUUUUAAAUUUUGUCCAUCAAAUUGGUGCAUCACACACCAAAAUACCCGGAUUUAAAGGAGAAUAUUUUUGGCGCAUUGAAAAGCCGUUUUUGGAUGCCGUGCAGCAGACGCUGGGCGAUCGAUACACAGAGAACGUUGAUGGUAUUUAUAAAAUAACAAUUAAGUUUAUCAUAGAGACACUAAUAGCUGGUUUCGAAAGCGGGUCCGCCAACAAUGACACUACGAAGAGUAAAGAAUCCAAUAGUAAAAGUAAUUCGUGA